UUGGCGUGUGUAAUACUAGCAAUUUUCUAAUCUCUCCUACUCUGACUUAGAUCUGAUUUUCUCUCACCAUCAAUCAUAGAUGUACCGUAAGACCACCUCUGCAGUACUCACUUGGGUUUCUAACACAAAAACACUCCUCCCUUUCAACGUUUCGGGGAACGCUUUUCUUCACCAGCAACAGCAACAGCGCCAUCGCUUCUGUUCCCUACCUGAAGCUGGUGCAAACGCAUCCCCUGAGGUUCACAAAAUGAGUAGCAGUCACGUUACCCGUGUUCUUUUUUGUGGCCCUCACUUUCCUGCUUCUCACAAUUAUACAAGACAAUAUUUGCAAGCCUAUCAUCCAUUUGUUCAGGUUGAUGAUGUUCCACUUGAAAGAGUGCCUGCUGUGAUUGGUGACUAUGAAAUUUGUGUGGUUAAAAGCUUCUGUAUGAACUCUGAUGUCCUCUCCCGUGCAAAGAGCAUGAAGCUCAUAAUGCAAUUUGGAGUUGGGUUAGAAGGUGUUGACAUUAAUGCUGCCACAAAGCAUGGCAUUAAGGUCGCCAGAAUUCCAGGUGGUGCAACUGGAAAUGCUGCUUCUUGUGCUGAAAUGGCCAUAUAUCUCAUCUUGGGCCUCCUGCGUAAGCAACAUCAAAUGAAAAUUUCUGUGGAGCAGAAAAAGAUAGGGGAGCCAAUUGGUGACAACCUGCAAGGGAAAACUGUGUUUAUCCUGGGGUUUGGAACUAUUGGGAUUUAUUUGGCAAAGCGUUUACGUCCAUUUGACGUGAAAAUACUUGCUACAAAACGGAGUUGGGACAUGCUUGCACAGGACUCGAGCAAAUCCGAGGCACCAUCUGUUGAGAAUGCAGGCUACAUUGACCUGGUUGACGAGAGGGGGAACCAUGCUGAUAUCUUGAAGUUCGCAAGCAAAGCUGAUAUUGUUGUAUGUUGCUUAGCUAUGAACAGUGAAACUACUGGCAUCGUGAACAAUGAUUUUAUAUCUGCCAUGAGAAAGGGUGCCAUUCUGAUUAAUAUUGCUCGAGGUGGUCUCUUGGAUUAUGAUGCUGUUUUAACUCAUCUCAAAUCGGGACAUUUGGGCGGCUUAGGAAUUGAUGUGGCUUGGACUGAACCAUUUGAUCCUGAUGAUGCUAUCCUCAGAUUUCCAGAUGUUAUAAUCACACCCCAUGUUGCUGGUGUUACAGAAUUCUCUUAUAGAUACAUGGCCAAGGUUGUUGGAGACGUUGCUCUUCAACUCCAUGCAGGAAAACCUUUUACAGGAAUAGAGAUUGUCAAUUGAACCAAUCAGUAUGAUGAAGAGACGUUGCCUGGGAAUAGUCGUGUUUACAUUUCUUGCCAUUCCUCAAAGUAGUUUCUUUACAUUUCAUAUUCAUCCCUGUACCUGCAUAACUAUUCAAAUAAACUAAGGUCUCAUUUGUUU